GAGAAAUAGCUUUCGCGGUUCGAAGCCAAAUAAGAGGGGUGUGAGAAGGAUCAGCUGAUCGAUACCGAUAGUGACGCCAAGGGAAAGCUAGCAAAAUGUCGCAAGUGGAGAAGCAGCACCUUGAAUCCCCGCCAGAGGCAGGAGCUGGGUCUCCCGGAGAAGCCUCGUCCGUGGCCGUGGCGGCGGACGCCACCGAAACGGAGAAGCUGGUGGAAAAGCUGCUGGGAAUGGGUUUUCCGGAGGGCCAAGCCCGCAUUGCGCUGGCCGGAUGCCACAACAACGUCGAGCUGGCGGUGCAGCUCAUGGUCGCGGGCGAGGAGUCCAAGAAGCAGCGUCGUGGUCACCAGGGGUUGCGGCAGCUGCGCGAGUCCCUUUUGGGGAACCCGUUUUCCACGAAUAAGGCCAUCGAACAGAUGAUGCGGAGCAACCACACCGUGCAGGCGCUUGCGGAGUUCGUAAAACAAAGCGGCGUGGAGGCCAUGCAGCUGCUGCUCGCCGAUCCCGACCUUGGCCCGGAGGGAUCUUCAUCCGCUGGAAGCUCGUCGUCGAGCGAUUCAGCUGAGAACUGAAGCGCGUACCGCUCAGCCCUACCUCAGUCUCGUAAGAUGUUAGGUUUGUAAGGAGCGUCCUUUGCCACGUACCACUCUUUAUCUAAAGUGUGCCUGCUUUUUCAUAGGUUUUUCCCAUUUUCAAAACUCAUUCAGAUCCAUAAAAGUUUUUAUUUUUUAAAAUACACCAUUUAAAGUCUUGCAAAAUAAUGGUUUAGUUUGAUGAACGGUUUAAGAUAAAGAUUAAAGAUCUAAGCUGGCAUUAAUUAAUAAAUAAAAAUAAUGUCUCAAUGAA